AUGCACGACCUUGCGGUCUUUGACAUACCGACAAUGGAGGAGGUGCCGCCAGACUCCUUAUUCAACUUUAAGAAAGCUCGGCAAUGGUCAUACCACAAACCGUCGUGGAGAUAUUGUCAUGCUAUGAAGCCCUAUCUGGAUCAUGCGCGGUCGGAGCUAAGAUUUGGUGACGUUGAGGUUGAUGACAUCAGCGACGAUGACAAGCCCCUGGACAGCAAGGCUAGGCGGUCGCCCCUCGAUACGCGGACUAUGGAGGACAGGCCAGCUAUUAUGGCGGCGUUGUGCUGGGCACGUCAAUUGGCGGACGUGCAUGGCGACCAGGAGACAGAGGAAUUAGUGCAGCCAGACCUGUAUCUCUGGCCAUAA